AUGCGACCCGUCUGCAAGUUUUACAUAAAUUCAGAAUGCACAAAUCCAAGAUGUAAAUUUCUCCAUCCAGUAGAAUAUCCAGUAUACAUCUAUACUCUUCCUGGUAUUGAUAUCCAUCCCGAUGAGCUUAGACUAGCCGUGAUGAGCAAUGAAGCCAUGACUGCAGAGGCUGAUAAUAUUUGGAUAAACAACUACAAAAUAUUCUGUUCCGAGUCUGGAGAGAAGGAGGUGGACAUUUUGCAGUAUCCUGACUAUUUCUGUAUGCCAUUUGACACCGAGCGGGUGUGGGGGGAAAUUGAAAAUUUUAGGAGUCGAUUUAAGCAGAGAGGCUCCGAGUAUUCACGACCGUAUCAAUCUCAGUACCAGCCAAAAAGUGGAUUUUCACAAGGCUAUAAUAAAGGAUAUACUAAGGGAUAUACUAGUAAUUACCAGAUGAUGCCUCGCCAACCUAACAACCCACCUCCACGUUCGUCCAAUUGGGGUGGUGGAUUUAACAAUAGUAACUAUCAAGGUGGUCCACCCAUGCACAGCUUUAAUAGGCCGUAUGAUAACAAUAAUAGAUCAUAUGAUAAUAGACACGCUUCCUCUUGGAACCAAAAUACCAACAUCAACAAUAAUGGUGAUAGCUUUGAAAGGAAGUCCAAUUUUGAACAAAAACCAACUAAUACAGAAGGCAAUAUGCCCGAUUAUGAAUAUCAAAAUAUUCCAUAUAACUAUAAAUAA